AUGCGCUUUCCGCCCCACUGCCCCUACGGCUACCCGUACGGCUAUCCGUACGGCCAAACGACCUGCCACACCACAGCAGUAACCGACUACUAUCCGACGACGAUCAAUCUCCAGGCCGAGGAUGCCGACUACGCGCGCGCGUUCACUGAAUCGAUAACGCACCCGUGGGGAGCGUGGCCCUCGCCCGCAGACCUUGCGACCAUCGACCACCUCACCUCCCAGCCCGAACGCUGCGCGGCAGUCGUCGCCGUCCUCAAGGAGCGUCUCGGCACCGGCGGGGAAUGUGCCGCUCGGGCCCUCAAACUCAUCCCGGCGAUGCCGUUCUCCGUGCUCGCCGACCUCGGCGGCGAGAUCACCAAGAUCGCGGACGGCUCGCGCUGGGCGGACUGGGACACGCGCGCGCACGCCGCCUUCUUCCUCCCCCAAAUCGCCGAGGCCAAGCAAGACCGCGAAGACGAAAGCACCAAGCGCAAGUGGGAAGCGUGGCAGAGCAUGUACGGCCGCAGCCGCGCCGCGUGGCUGCCGCCCCCCGACGACAGCGCGUUCGCAUACCCCAAGUGGCCGGACGUCGAGUGUCCGAAAGAGCCCGAGGGGUGGCGCUACCUCCUCGUCCCCGCGCCGGCGAUGCGCCACUUUGAGAGCGGCGGGGUGUAUCCGUGGCAUCGCUGA